AUGGCUGACCUGUCAAGCAUCGUCAAUUGGGCACAACAAGUAAAUGCACAAAUAGAUACCCUCAAUCCAUCAGGGUUUGCCAAACUAUUUUCCCCUUUAUGUGAGGUUCUAGCCUGGAGACAAGUAGGUCUACUGCAGGAGAGUGAAAUAAUCGACAUUGGAAAUAAAUAUUUUGCUAAAUAUGACAAUCAAGUUGGGCCAGGGUUGAAGAAUCUCUGUGUUAACUAUCUCAGCCUUUGUAGAUUGAUAGCUACCCAUCCAAUUAAUUGGAAAGAUGUCUUAAAGAGGAGUUCCCAACUUUUAGAUGUUUGGCUGGACUUAUAUCUAGAUGAAAGGAUGCAACAAUAUAAUUGGCUUGUGCCUUGUCUACAUACAAUUUGUAAUAUACUUUUCAAAUGUGGUUCAUUGGCCGACAAACAAGAGAGGGUUGGUGGCCAUUUUGGCGAUGAUGAAUUCCCACAAGAUACAGAUGCUAACUCAAAAGAAGCACUCAACAUGAUUAGGAGCAAAUUGGGGCGGGUUAGGGGAGAGGAAGAUAGGCAUCCAGCCUAUAUAGUACUCCUGGGUCAUUCAAUUAAAGGGUGUAUGCAAUUGGGUAAUAUGCAAAUGGCAGCAGGAUUUCUCAAGGCAAUAGAAUCUACCACGAUUAACCCAGAGUCUUGUCCCUUGGGUCCAUUGAUUAACUUCAGAUACUACUUAGGCAAGUUACAUAUGCAGCAAGAUCGUUAUAAACAAGCAGAUGAAAAUCUAAGCUGGGCAUUUACAUACUGUGGAGACAAACAUAUCAAAGCAAAAAGAGCGAUUCUCGAAUGUUUAGUAGUUGUGAGAAUUUGUCUGGGUCAAUUGCCUCCAAAAUUGAUUCUAAAAAAAUAUGGUAUGGAACACCAUUUAGACAUUGUAAAGGGGAUUAAAAUUGGCAACAUCCAACUUUUUGAGCAAACACUCGAAAAGUAUAUAUCAAUAUUUAUCCAAAAAGGGACGAUUCUUUGCGUUGAAAGGUUUAAAUACCUAGUAAUUAGGACACUGGUCAAGAGAGCUAAACAAUGGUGGAAUGAAGCUAUGCCGGAUCAGAAACCCAAUAUGGUACCAAUACCACUCUUUACUGCGUUAGUCAAGUGGCAGAUACAUAAUUUGGACAAUGAUGAAAUGAUUUGUCUCUGUGCCAAUUUGAUUCGCUUGGGGUAUAUUAAGGGUUACAUAUCCUGGGAACAUCAAACACUAGUGUUUAGCAAGAUUCAGCCAUUCCCUCCGAUAAUUGAGACGAUAUUGGAAUAA